UCGUUGGCGGAUAAGUUUUACGACAAGUGUCCCUCCGCUUUCUCCAUACUGCUCCGUGCCUCCAGAACUUUCCCUCUCUCUCUCCCCAACUAUCAUCUGAUGCUUAUCUUCCUUCCUUUAUAUGCCCUCACUUCUUAGAAUCUUCACUGGUCAGUGAUCACUUCAACAAGCCGUUUAUCUCUGCUUUUCGGAUUCUCACUGCUUCUACUGUCUGUAUCAACUGCCGUUAUGUUCUUCCGUCCUUGAUUUGUCAACAAUCAUGGCUUCUUCAUCCACGAUGGGUUGGGGAAAGGCACUUUUGAACAGGGGAAUUCGACGAUUGACGACAUCAACCACGCCGAAGAUGAAAGCAUACGCUCCGGCGGCUGAUUAUGGCUACGCUGGUCACCGGCAACCCGAGAGGAAACAGAUGAAGGGGGACUUCGUGGCGGUGUACGUGGCGGUGGGGAUGAUAGCGUUGUCGACGGGGCUCGGGCUGCACACGGCGUGGCAUCAGCUGAGGACUUCGCCGACGGUGAGGGUGAAGAAGCAGAGGAGGGAGACGCUGCCGGAGGUGGUGGAGCCGGAGCACGUGGCGGAGGAGACCGACAAGUUCAUCAAGGGAUCGUUCUUUAGGAAAGUAGCACACGUUCAGGAUAAGAACAACCCUGCGAAGCAUGUCAUACCUGAUCCUAUCCGCAGCGAUGCUUUCGCCUCUCCAGCUAAAAUUGAAACUCUCAAAUCUGUUGGCGUUGAUCCUUCUCAAGUUCCCUAGUGUUUUUUGAUAUGCAAAAUGAUGAAGUCGUAUGUACAUAUAUAAAAACUAGAAGGAAAAAAAGAGUCAGCUAGCUGUUCUUCUAUUUGGCUUUUACACUUUUAGGUGUGACAGGGUAUGAUAUAUGAAUAGCAGCUCAAAGGUUCUGUUGUGUUAAGGUUUUUUCUUACUGUUUCCUGCGCCAUAAACACAAAGCAAUGUAAUUAUGCUCUGCACACACACUUUCGUUAAGAUAAGCAAACUGCCAAAGACUA